AUGUUUUGCUGUAAAAUUGAAGAUUCGACUUUUCCAUUCCUACUGCGUGUUUAUCAACAUCUUCCGACAAAGGUGUGUCAUGUGGUAUCCUUUAAUCAAAAGAAACCAUUGUCCCCGGUAAUAUUUAUUCCUGGUGAUGGCGGUAGUCAAUUGGAGGCUAAACUGAAUAAAUCAGAUGCGCCCUUAUAUUGCUCAAAAAAAGCCAAUUGGUAUAGCCUAUGGUUGAACUUAGAAUUAUUGGUUGUACCGCCAGUUUAUUGUUGGGUGGAAAAUAUUAAAUUAUAUUACGACAAAGCUACCAGAACUACGCACAAUUCACCUGGUGUAGAUAUACGCGUUCCUGGUUGGGGAGACCCUGAUGUCGUGGAAUGGAUAGACCCGACACACAACAAAGCGGGGGCGUACUUUAAGGAUAUUGCGAAUGUGCUUGUCGACUUGGGAUACGAGCGAAAAAAGAACAUACACGGUGCGCCGUACGACUUCCGCAAAGGACCAAGUGAACAUAACCAAUUCUUUAUUGAUUUGAAAAAGCUAGUAGAGGAUACAUAUGAGCGUAAUUCAAAAUUGCCAGUAACAUUUAUAUCGCACAGCAUGGGAAGCCCAAUGACAUUAGUGUUUCUGCAUCAACAAACCACAGAGUGGCGACGGAAAUAUAUAAAGAGGCAAAUAAGUCUCGCUGGUGCUUGGGCGGGUAGCAUGAAAGCUGUCAAGGUGUUUGCAAUGGGCGAUGAUUUGGAUUCAUUCUUCCUCAGUGGAAAAAUUUUAAAACAAGAACAAAUAACUAAUCCUUCCACCGCAUGGCUGCUACCAUCACCACUCUUUUGGCGCCCGUCCGAAGUCUUGGUGGAAACUCCGUCACGCGUAUAUACAAUGUCACAGCUGAAGCAAUUCUUUUCUGAUAUUGAUUACACAAUUGGAUGGGAUAUGCGACAAGACAAUAUGCAUUUCACAUUAAAUUUUAGUCCGCCAGAUGUAGAAUUACAUUGUCUCUAUGGUGAUGGUUUGGACACCGUCGAGCGGUAUGUCAAUUAAUUUGUGUAAAUAUAUAUCGUCGUUUAAAGUACAAAACCACGUAUCAAGAAAAUACAAAACCACGUAUGUGAGGUUGCCAAGAUAUUGUAGGAGAGAGUAGUAAAGGUAGUCCUAUUUCAAAACGCUUCUCUUUUUUUAUCCCUAAUUAUCUGAACUUAUAUCUAAGUAUCGAUAUUUUAGCUUCCGAUGAGCAAAUAUCUUUUUUGGCACAAAUGCCAUUAACGAGGUUUUGUAGAACGACAA